AUGAAGUUCAACACAGAGAAGUGUGGAGUCCUGCACCUGUGGAAAAACAAUGCCAUGCACCAGUACAUGCUAGGUUCCAGCCAGCUGGAAAUCAGCUUGGCAGAAAAUGACCUGGUGGUCCUGGUGGGCACUAAGCUGAACGUGAGCCAGCAAAGUGCCGUUGCUGCAAAGAAGGGAAAUGGUAUUCUCGGCUACAUUAGACAAUGUAUUGCCAGCAGGUUGAGGGUGGUGAUCCUGCCCUUCUACUCACCACCCACCGGUGAGGCCACACCUGGAAUACAGCAAACAACCACCAGGGGCUCUGGAGAAGUCUCUGUCCAUGACAAAUUGGCACAAUGGAGCUGUGGCCUCUAUUUGUCCCUGGAGCAGGAGGAGCGUAGUGAUGUGUAUCCUUCAGUUUCUGAACACACUUCACUCUCUGGCUGGAAACACGGAGGAGAGACUCGGCAUCACAUCAACCGCCAGAUCGCCACAGGUCACGAUGUCUCCAUCAUUGAAACUAUGCCUUCAAACACGAGCAAAGCUGGAGAGGAGCAUCACAGCCAGCACCAGCCAUCCUACAUCCUACAGCAGAGCACGAGUUCUGUGAUGAGGAACCUGGGAUGGAUUCAAUUUCAGAAUGCACAGAGCCCUGAGAAGGAGUAUAUCUUCUGCUCCAGCACAGUGCCAUGGGCACUCUUCCACUGUGCACGAGAUGCAACACAGGCCCUAGCGACAGAAAGGAGAUCCUGUAUUAUUAACAUCGCCAUAUACGAAGAACGCCGUUUAAGUUCCAGCCUUCAGGGUGUGCCGGUGGCUUACGACAACAUCAAAGUGGUGGGGGAGCUCGGGGACAUUUACGACGACCAAGGAUUCAUCCACCUGAAUAUCGAGGCGGACUUCAUCAUCUUCAGCCCCAAGAAAGGGAAAAAACUGGUGGGUGUAAUUAAUAAAGUAGCCCCUAGUCAUAUUGGCUGCCUGAUACAUGGAUGCUUCAAUGCUUCUAUCCCUAAACCUGAACAGAUGUCAGUUGUACAGUGGCAAGGGCUGGGGUUAAAAAUAGGGGAUGAACUGAAAUUUCAGGUAUUGCACUUGGAUUCUGAUGCAGCUGGAGUGUUCUUCAUUCGAGGAGGACUCACUAAAAGCAGCAUGCAGCCCAAACAAUCUGAGACUGUCACUGACGGUACAAAUGGAGAUGAAAUUCAAAAGCUUGACCACCAGGAAAAUGGCUUCAAUGACUCUGGGGGAGAUAAUAUCACAGAGGAACCUCUAUGUGAGACAGAUAACACUGGGAGAGAAAAUGCGGACGAGCAAAGUGCUGAUGCUGUGAAUGGAGUAUGUGAUGAUAAAAACAAGAAGAAGAAGAAAAAGAAAAAACAUAAGCAAGAAGAACAGGAGCAUGUAUUGCCUACCAGUGACUCCAGUGGUUACCAAAGUGACCAUAAAAAGUCAAAGAAAAAGAAAAGAAAGCAUUGUGAUGAAGUUGAAGAAAAUGAAUUAUCUCAGCUGUCACAGGAACCCAAAGCUAAAAAGAAAAGGGACUAAAGUCUGAAGUGCCUUUCCUGAAUAAGAUUUCAGACGUUUUUGAUAAGCUUCCAAUAAAAUCCCAUUCUCAAAACGUGUAUGUAUAUUUCUUUACUAAACAGUCUGCUCUGCUAGGUGGGAUGAUGUUUGUGUGCAUAUGUGCACCACCAGCCUUAAAGGCAGGAGCUUUUAAAGAAUUUAUAGAAGAAACAGGAUAGAAGCAAUACCUUCCUGUUUUAUUUACUGGAGAAUAAGGCACAGAACAGUGGAAUGUAAUUAGAGGAACACAUGCAUUGCCUCUGUGUCUGCUUCCCAGCUCCAUGCAUUCGCCAGUAGCCACUUACAAUCUUUGCUACUCUAAUUCCAUCUUUGCUGCUCAGUGACUUGAAUUUAUAAGGGAAGAUUAAGCUUACCUUUGGGGUUCUGGGAAAUACACCUGAAUUCCCAGGGCUGAGAAGAGUUUUGGUUUUUGUUUUUUCUUUAUUGUAGUAAGAGGCCAUGAAUGCCUAUGAACGAAACUCUGCAGCCUGACUUAACCUUUAAGCAAAGACUUGAGUGUCUUGGAUCUUUCAAAACACCUUUCAUGGUACUCUGGGAAAAACAGUAUGAUCAGUUGAUUCAGAACAAGCAGGGAAGGUGGGAGAAGAUUAAUGUACCUUUCAUGGUACUCUAGGAAAAACAGUAUGAUCAGCUGAUUCAGAACAAGCAGGGAAGGUGGGAGAAGAUUAAUGUAAUCUAGUAUAAUGAAGUUCCACUUACAGGUGAGAUACAGGCCGAUAAGGCAGUUGGUAAUGGGACAUACUUUGAUACAAAGUUCAUUUUUAUGCAUCGAGCUCAUUGACUUCAUGGUUUUCUUUAAAAAAAAAAAAAAAAAAAAAGCUGAAGCGCAACUCCCAGCUUUUCAUGCUAGUUGUAACUUUCAAACACUGUUCUCUGGAAUAGCAGGUACCUCAGCAGGUCAAUUAUUUUCCAAACUGUUGGAAUUAAUGUUAGCGGAAAGUUCAGAUAAUGGGAAAACGACAGUCAAAGGUUAAUGAGGUUUCAUUAAGAACUAAUUUUCCUGGUGUACAUGUAUGAUAAUUUUUUGAAUAUCAGUACUUUUGGUUGUGGCUCUUUUUUAUUGUGAGGACUUCUGGGGAGAGCUGUAGUUGGACAUGGUCUAGGCUAAGUCUUUAACUGAACUAGGAGGCAGUGAUUACUCUGGUAUUGAUUUACCUAUUAAAAGAAAACAUAACCAGCUCUUUGGAAGCCUUGUAAGUUAACCGCAUGUAUGUGGAAACUUGCUGUUCUUCUGUCUGUUCUCAGGUGACAAAACGUUUUGCACCAGUGAUUAUACUGAUGCUAUUAGCUCGCUUUACUAGGUUGAUGUACGGUGCCUAUUAACAUACCCAUUCACGUUGAACGUGUUCUGAAUUUAAAGUGUGACAAUACUUGUUUGAGGGCUCACUUUGGGCUAUAUUAAUGUCU